AUGAUUACUCUCCGGGCGAGCCUGGUCGCGCUUUUGGCAACGCAUGCAACAGCAGCUGCCCAAGUCCCCCUCGGCUCUUCCAGACACACCAAAUACACCCUUGACGCAAUCAAACCCCUGUUCAACCCCGAUACUGGGCUUACCAAGUGUUGCCCGGACGGCACCCUCUUUGACGGCAAGAAUUGCAUUCUUGGAGUCCCCAAAUGUCCACCCGAGACGACCUUCAAGGACGGUCGCUGCAUUUCGAAUGUCAAGCCAGCAUGCAGCGAGGAUGCCGUGCUGGAAGGCAACAAGUGCGUCACGAUAGUCAAGGCGUCUUGUCCUCCCCCACUGCAGUUCAGGGACAAGGCAUGUGUCUACGAUGAACCCCCUAAGUGUCCAUCCGGCUUUGAUCUGGACGGCCCGGUCUGCGUCUCCACCAAGAAGCCUUUCUGCCCCGACCCAGACCGCUUUAACGGCAAGGGAUGCGUAAACAUCAUCGGCCCGUCGUGUCCCGACGGAUCCAGCCACACCAACGGCGCGUGCGUCAGCAUCCUCCCCCCGAGCUGCUCUGGAAAGAGCCAAUACGACAAGACCCUCAAGGCUUGCGUGCAUCAUCAGUCCCCCGAGUGUCCUCCCGGCAGCAUUCUGAAGGGAAGCAACUGUGUGGCCGAUGGUCCUCACUGCCCGGAGGACACCAACUUUGAUGCAAAGACGCAGACAUGUGUCUCGAGAAACCCCCCGGUGUGUCCCCCCGGCUACAAGCUAGAGGGCGAGCGAUGCGUUGCCGUAGAUGAUCCAUCUUGCAGCCCUGGCACAGAGCUGGUGGUUGACCAAAAGGCCCGCACUGCCCGCUGCUGCGCGCCCGGCAUGAAGCUCGACGGAGAAGUAUGCUACCGCAAGGUCCCCGGCGACGGCGUGUGUCCGCCAAAUACCACCCAGAUCGGAGACCGCUGCCAGUUCACGACGCCUCCACCCCCGCUCUGCCCCCCGGGUACCAAGCUCAUCGGCAACCAGUGCGAGUUGAUCGACCCUCCCGACUGCCCGCCCGGCUACACUCGUGAUGGAGUUCUGUGCUCGGCCGUAGAGAAGCCAGUCUGCCCCGGAGAUUCAACCCUGACGAAUGGCCAGUGCAUUGCCAUAUCAAAGGUCCAAUGCCCUUCGGGAUCAAUCCUCCAAGGACAGGUCUGCGUUGUCGGCCCGCCGUCUUGUUCUUCUGGCACUUGGAACGGUGCCCAUUGCGUUGUCGAUCGGCCCAAGUGUAAUGACGGCGGCUACUACGAAGGUGACGACUGCGCCAAACCUGGAACCCCGAGCUGUAUUGAGAACACGACGUUUGACGGCGGCCGUUGCAUUUCGACCGAAGCUCCACAGUGCUCUCAGGGACACUUGAGCAACGGUACCUGCAUCGGUUCCGCCACGCCAACAUGCCCACCUGGCUCGAUUCUCGAUGGCGGCUCGUGUCUGAAGGGACCUCCCACCUGUCCUCCGGGCCAGAUUCUCCAGAACAAUGUCUGUAAUCACAUCGAGGACCCCGAGUGCGCUCCGGGUUACGACUUCGUCGGUGGCCAAUGCAAGAGCAUCGACGAGGAGACCUGCCCUCCGGGCUACGUUCAUAAGAACGGCGAGUGCAUCAAUGAUGAAAAGCCCCAGUGCAGCGGCAACACAAACUUCAACGGCACUGCCUGCGUCGGCGAGGACCCCGGGUGCCCGCCCAGGGCCACCUUUGUUGGAGGCAAGUGCAGAUUGAGCGAGGAGCCAGCGUGCCCUCCUGGCUUCCAUUUCGACUCAAAGCAUUGCGUGGCAGACGAGAAGCCCGAUUGUGCGCCUGGCACGGCUUGGGAUGACGCCUCCGGCCAAUGCAUCGGCGAUGAGAAACCCAAGUGCCCGCCGGGUCAGAAGUUCAACGGCGUACAGUGUGCUCUGGACACGGGAGACUGCAUGGAGUUCGAGUACUGUCCUCCGGGAAACAACAUGUUGCUCAUGAGCACGAUUUGA